AUGAGUGACCAGAAUAACGCAUUUAAAGUGAUAGUUGUCGGCGGAGGCCCGGUGGGCCUCGCAGCUGCACAUGCCCUAUACCUGGCUGGUAUUGACUUCCUGGUCCUGGAGUGCAGGCAUUCCAUCGUGGAAGACAAAGGCGCUAGCCUUAUUGUUCAUCCUCACACCUUACGGGUCCUGCAUCAAUUUGGAGUUCUAGAGGAGUUGUUACCUCACGGCGCCGAGCUGCGUCACCAUCUGUCGUUUACGGCCGAGGGAGACGUUUUUAAGGAGGGCACUCAAUAUGCCGAAAUACGCGAGAAUCAUGGUUAUGGACCAGUUGCCUUCCACCGUGCCGAAUUGAUCGAGAUUAUGUACAACUGUCUCCCGCCUGCUGCGAAAGAGAAAGUCUUAACGGACAAGAAACUAGUCGACAUAAAGAUAAAUCCGGAGGGAGUCAGGGUGACUUCCGCAGAUGGAAGCAUCUUUGAGGGAUCGAUCGUGAUUGGUGCCGACGGUGUCCACAGUAAAACUCGACAGUUGAUGCGCAAACUCGCUCUCAAGGCAAGCCCUGGACGAUCCUGGGACCCUGUCCAACCAUUUACAGCAACCUAUCAGCUUCUCUACGGCUCAUUUCCGUCACCUUCCGCGUCAGGCUUCGGAUAUGAUAUCCAGGCAAAAGACAAAGCAAUUAUGUACUUCAGCAGUCGGAAUCGUGGAUGGUUCUUCUUGUGUAAGAAGCUCCCAAACCCCACACAAGCGCGCACAAACUACACCGACAAGGACGUUGAGUCUUUAGCCCAAGAGUUUUUGGAUUUUCCCUUGACGAGGACAGUGAAGGUGAAAGAUGUCUGGCCACGGAUGUUAGGGGCGGGUCUGACCAAUCUGGACGAGGGUAUCGUGCAACACUGGAGCCUAGGAAGGGUUGUGCUUGUGGGUGAUGCGUGCCACAAGAUGACCACACAUCUGGGGCUUGGAUUCAACAAUGGCGUUCAAGAUGUGGUGGUACUCUGCAACAGUCUUCGGAAGACCAUCAAUGCAGCCGCUUUCGAGAACCCAACUGUCAAUGCCCUCACGGAGACUUUUGAGAGGUACAAGGCGGUUCGUAUGAGCUCUCAAUGCUCACUCAAGGGUGAUGUUUGGAAAUCUGGGUUCGAGACCCGUAUGCACACCUGGAACAAUAGGUGGUACUACAUUCUUUCUCGGUAUUUAUUCCUUCCUAACUGGACGGAACGCUUAAUCAUGCGGUACGUUAUGGCGCCUGAGUUCCGCAAGGGACGAGUGCUGGAUUAUGUUCCAAAGGAAGAUCCGAUGGAAGGCAUGAUCAGCUGGUUGUAUUCAAUGAAGUCUUAG